AAAGAGCAAUAUAUUUCAAGUUUUUAAGUUUUUGUUUGUAAUGGUAAAUUUAUAGGUUUCCAUAAAAUGGCGUUAACUUUUGACAAAAUUCCAAGUGAAAUAGACCUUGUUAAGCAGUUACCACCACAACCACCCGUUGAGCAGGAAAUAAAUUCUUUACGGGACACUUUAGAACAUCGUACUACACGAUGCAGAUUAAUUAAACGUCUGCAUACUAAACAAAAGAAAGAACCGCAUCAUCUAAUUUAUAAAUUUUUCUGCGUUUGUCCACAUUACAAUCCCGAUUACUGUAAAGUUUGUAAACAUUCUGGUAACGUUAUCAUCGAUCGUGAUGUGUUAACAAAGGAGGAACACUUGUGCUUCUUAGCUACACCAAAGAAAAACUAUCAAGAACCGCGUAAACUACCGCAUUACUACCAAAAGAAAUGUUUGGUACCUAACUGCACUACACGUAUCGCGGAAUUAGCUGAACCCAGUAUUCCACGCGUUCAAUACACAAUUGAAAACUUUAAAAAUAUUUUAAAAAGUAACCGCCUAGUAAAACUAAAAACGCACUUGGUAAAAAAACCAGAGGUACAGCACACUACGAUUAGAAUGGCACUCAAUUAUAUCGAUGAAGAGAAGCGUUUACGACGUGUAGCUAAAAUAGUCCAGAAACGUCGAUGCAAACGUAUGAAGAAAAACAUUUUAAAGAAGCAACGCAAACAAAUAAAGAAAAUUGUUAUGGUGUUGUUUGAGGAAAUGAAAGAUUUCCUUUUGAACGAUCAGUUUAUGAUUGACGAAAAAUCACCAUUAUGCGCUGUGAUACUUGAGAAGAUAAGGGAUUUUACAGAUCAAGAAUUUUAUACAACGUCAAACUUACGUGAAUAUCAACAAAUUUUAGCUAACAAUUUAACGGUUUGGAUCAACAAAUUUAUAUCUAACCUAAAUAUUCAUGUAGCACCCCAGACAAGACGAUUACUUAAACCUGAUACUGAACACUUUUUACCAGUUCAAGAUUUCAUUUCUCAGUCAGAAACAAUGGAAGAAGAAGCAAUUAGUGAGGGAACAUAUUUGCCGACAAUGUUGACUGAAGGCGGGGAAUAUGAACAGGAAACUGACCCUCAUAUAGAAUCUAGAACCUAAAUUUUAUACUUUUACCUUUAUU